UUGGUCAAGCUUGGGUUGUUGAAGUAAUAACUUCAUUUGUUGAGGCUGGCGGCUGGCGUUGAAAGUGAGACCAGCCGCUUUUGUUUCUUUUGAGUCUUCAGGAUGUUGGUAAGCUGCAAGCGGCCCGUCACAACAGAGGAAUUGCUGGAACCACUUUUCAAAAGGAGCCGCUUGCACGAUGUCUCGAUGGUUGGGCCUGACGAGCCUUCACCGGUUGCAGUUCAAGAGGCUUCGAGCUGCGACACCGACUUUGUAGAAGCAGCAGCAGAGGCUGUAGAAGAAGCAGAAUUACGUCGACCUGUUGAUUCGCAGGAUCAGCCUGCAUUGAAGCGACUUCGUGGUAUGAUCGAAGGAUCUAAUGCCUCGGCCUCGUCGUCUGAAGCCAAAGAGGCUUCUGUCAACCACUGGGCAGAAGCCCUGGUAAAGUCUCUUCACUGCUGUCCAUCCGUGGAGCAGGCUGUGCAGCGAUGUGGUGUGGCACUCACUGAAUUUGGAUCACAGGUUCGUUUGGCAGCCCUUCGCGAGGCGGAACAGACACGCGAAGAGAUGCGGCCCAACACGAUUGAGGCAACAUGCUCUCGUCUUCAGUCCACAAACAAGGUGCUCCUGAGAGCUGUCCAUCAUUUAGCAGAGCGUUGCCGUCGACUGGAAGGUAGCUCUGGUGAGGUUCAAUCCUUGAGGCAGGCUUUGGAGCAAUCCCAGGAAGCGCAGCGCAGGCUGCAGCACUCAAACCAAGUGCUUCAGGAGCACCUCAAGGUACACCUGAAUGCAUGCCAUUUAGCUGGAGAUUAGUGGCCGCAAGCCAGAUUUGACUCUCACACCCUCGCAAUGUAGGUAGACGUGGAC